UCUUGACCUUAGGGCCUGUUCUCAGGCCCUGGCUAUGACAGACUAUCCAGUGAAAGAACUCCUGCUGGGGAGCUUGGCCCUGGGAGGGCUCCUCCUCCUGCUGGUCCUCAUGCUGUUCACCUGCCUGUGCCGGAUCCAUCAGAGAGUGAAGAGACUGGAAAGGAACAGGGCCCCGACCCCAGAGCAGGAGCUCCAUUAUGCAUCUCUACAGAAGCUGCCAGUGUCCAGCAGUGAUAGCACAGACAGAGAGGAGGACGAGGGCAUGAAGGAGGACCCCAGCACUGACUAUGCCUGCAUCGCCAAGAACAAACCCACCUGAGCACCCCCAAAUGCCUCCCCCGACCUGGGCGGAGGGUCAAAGUGGCCCCGUGUUCACCUAGU